GCGGUGUGAAGACCGGUGCUGGCUCGCGGGACAGAGUGGCCAGUGUGACUGUAUUUUCGCCACUUUCGCCAACGAUCCCCGAGGGUGACUUUGGGACAUCUGUAGAAAGUGAUGGAUCGGUUAGUGGGGGAAACGGAGGUAAGGAAAGAAGGGACACCAGAAGGGGAUAAAAUGGGGCGAACAGUGAGCGAAGGCUCAAUGGAGGCCAAGAAGGAGAAUGAGGAGAAAACUCCUCAAUCAGGCACAUCUUCCGUGCAAAACGAUGAUUUCCAAUGGACCAGUUACUUGCAAGAGACUGAUUCUGUAUGUGCUCCUUCAGAGUGUUUCAGACAGUCCGAGAUUCCACCAUCUAAUGACUUCAAAGUUGGUAUGAAAUUGGAAGCCCGUGACCCUCGCAAUAUAUCUUCGGUAUGUGUCGCGACGAUAAUUGGAGUAACUGGUGCCAGGCUGCGUUUACGCCUGGAUGGCAGUGAUAACAAAAAUGAUUUCUGGAGACUUGUCGAUUCUAAAGACAUACAGCCUAUUGGGACAUGUGAAAAGCAAGGGGACUUACUUCAGCCUCCACUGGGAUACCAGAUGAAUACAUCAUCUUGGCCAAUGUUUCUCAUACGUACACUGAGUGGAUGUGAAAUGGCACCUGCAACAUUCUUUAAGAAGGAACCACCAGUGCCACCUCUAAAUUAUUUUAAAGUAGGAAUGAAACUCGAAGCUAUAGACAAAAAGAACCCGUAUCUGAUCUGCCCUGCAACUAUUGGAGAUGUGAAAGGAGAUGAAAUUUAUAUCACAUUUGAUGGCUGGGGUGGAGUUUUUGAUUAUUGGUGCAAGUACUAUUGUCGAGAUAUUUUCCCAGUUGGCUGGUGCCGUCUGACAGGAGAUGUAUUACAACCACCAGGAACUCAUGUUCCCAUUACAAAGAAUAUAGCCAAAACACAGUCGUCUACUUCCAAAGAGACCGAGCCCAUUAAAAAGAAUAUAGCCAAAACACAGUCGUCUUCUUCCAAAGAGACCCAGCCCAUUACAAAGAAUAUAGCCAAAACACAGUCGACUUCUUCCAAAGAGACCCAGCCCAUUACAAAGAAUAUAGCCAAAACACAGUCUUCUUCUUCUAAAGUGACCCAGCAGUCAAUGCAAUCUUCACAGAAAACUGCUGUAGCAUUACCUACACAGCAGACCAAGAAAUCAGGUCGGACUAAACCACCCGCACGUACUUCAGUCCCCAGGAAGGGAAUUUCUGUUAAAAAUCCCACAGCAAAGAAAAAAGGCACAAACACAAGAAGAAAGGAAAAAUGUAUUCCUGUUGUGUGUUCUACUUCUUCAGUUUCUGUAAAGAUGCUGAUGAGAGGCCGUGGUGUUCCAUAUAAGGAUCCCUGUCCUGGCUCACCUAAAAUAAUGUCUACAGUCUGUGUUUAUAUAAAUAAACAUGGAAAUGUUGGCCCUUACCUGGAUCAGAAGAAAAUCCAGCAGCUGCCUGACCAUUACGGCCCUGGCCCGGUGAAUGUGGUGCUCCGGCGCAUUGUGCAGGCCUGUAUGGAUUGUGCCAUUGAAAGUAAGACAGUUUUUGGAUUUCUUAAGCCAGAUGAUCGUGGAGGAGAAGUGAUAACUGCCUUCUUUGAUGGAGAAACUCAUUCUGUCAACCUCCCUCCAGUGAACAGUGCGUCAUUUGCUCUUCGUUUUCUUGAGAAGUUGUGCCACACCAUGGAAUGUGAUAACCUUUUGAGUAGCCAGCCUUUUAGUGCUUACAGAGGUAAUACUCAUAGUACUGCGGAGCAUGAUCAAAAUAAGUCAGUAAAAGAAGACAUAACAGAAAAACAAAGCACCAAACGAUCUCCUCAGCAACCUCUACCUUAUGUUGCUACUCUCUCUCCUAAGCUCCCCAAAACAAAUGCCUCUCCAGAACUGUCGUUUUCUCUGGGAGAUAGCAAGCUCAGAGAGGAGGAGCUUCCUGAGAUCCUGAGAAUCACCACCAAGCCCAGAACAUUUUUGAAUCUUGACAGUACAGAUACUGUAACUAUGGUGGGAACCCCACGGUUAGAAGUAGCGGAAACUGAAUCAUCUACCCAGAGCAGUUUUCAUGAAGUUGCAUGGCAAAUGGAGAGCGAAAAUGAAGCUUCAAAUUAUGUAGCUGUACCUGAACAAGGCUUGUAUAAGGAUCCUUCAACCUGGUCUGUGGAUGAAGUGAUAGAAUUUAUGAAACAAAAAGAUCCUCAGAUAGCAGGCCCCCACACCGACCUCUUCAGGCAACAUGAAAUUGAUGGGAAGGCUCUGCUGCUUCUCAAAAGCGAUGUUAUGAUGAAGUAUCUGGGGCUGAAGUUGGGGCCGGCCUUAAAGUUAUGUUACUAUAUUGACAGACUUAAAAAAGGAAAACACAAUUAAAAAACGUAUAAUUUUAGAUUAGAUAUAAAUCUCAGUUGUCAUGGUAACUUAAUAAUUUAAAAGUAUUUUUAUUCUCUUAGCAGUUUUAGUUUUCUAGACAGUUCCGAAAAAAAUUUAUUAUAUCCAGAAUUGCAGAACUACGGUCUAGUCCAGUCUGCUUCUUUAUAAACCAUUUAACAUGUUAAUAUUAGCAUAUUUACAUUGGCAGUUUGUUCUCUAUAUCUUUUUAUUAUUUUAUCAUACAGUUGACAAAUAUACUUCAUGUAGGAAACAGAAAAACACCUUUGAUUUCAGUUAACGUUUAUAUAUAAAACCAAAACAGCUAAAUCCAAAGGGGAAAGUAUCAGGGAUUGACAAGUUGUCUAAUGAAUAAUCUAUGAGAAGCUUUCCUUAGAAGAGAAUUUCAAGAUGCAACUGCAGAUGCUGUCUCUUUUUCAGACAGUGUAUGUCUGUUAACUGCAGUGUUCUGUUCGUGUUCUGCCAGUUUCCAGAAAGGGAAUGGCCAUAUAAAUUGUUUUCCUUUUGUUAGUAUUUCUCUGUAUGUUGUAUUUGUUCCUAUUUAAAGGAAAAAAACAAGCUUAUAAACUUUCAUAAAGUGUUCUUACCAGUUUUUGAUGAUUCUUAAACAGUUAUAGGAUAGUUUUGUGCAGGAGAUAUUAUACUACAAGGGUGGCUUGGAUGGAGUCUGAUUUUUUCCAGUAAAACACCUAUUAUUUUAAAACUACAUAUUUUUGCUAAAUUUAGACAUUUAGGCAUUCAUUUCUCACAUCUCUAUAUAAAGAAACUUGUGCCCAAAUUUUUAAAAGAUAUAUAUUUUGUUGUCUGCAUUUAUUCUUCAUAUUGAUACUAUACCAUAUUUAUAUAUUCUAUAGCUAUAAGUAUACAAACAAGUAAACUGUCCUUUUUGAAUUUAAUAUGGCACUUUACACUGCCACAGAGGUAACGAUAAACUAUUUAUAUAGUUAGACGUUUUUAUUCUGUAAAAAAAUAUAUGCAUCAUUUGCUCUUACCAGUACCUCUCAGCUUAAUCUUCAGGGGUUAAGAAACUGUGUCCAUAGAUUGGUUUCCACACAGGGAAGUUCUCUGUCCUAUGCAGUGUUCUGAGUUAAUUUGUUUAGUUCUGAGCCAUUCUGCUACAUUUUGGAGGAUGAUCAUUUAGGGUUUUAUUUUUAAAGUUAGAAAUUUCAAGGGAAAUGGUGCUAUAUGUUUAUUGUUAUUAUUCUGUAUAACUUUGGAGUCAUGUUUAUAAGCUAUGAAACUGUGCUAAAAGUAUUAGCCAUUUGUUGUAAAUGCCAAUAAAAUACACACCAGGGGCAUGAAUGUACAUUUUCUUUUAAGAAAACCAAAUGUACUUUAUACAAGAAUGAAACUAUUUAAAGGAUGGUUUCAUCUACGUUAUUGCUUUUUUGUUACCAGAUAAAAUUCUAAUUUAAGUUUAUUUAGUCUUCUCUCAAAUUGUUUGUGUGAAGAUGCUGUGCCCGGUUGAACAGUCCUCAGGUGUUUGU